AAUGAUCGGAAAAAAAAGAUAAAGGGUUGCAUAGGGCAUCUACCUUCGUUGAUGAAUAUGGUUGGGGAUCCGGGUUUGCUAGAGAUUAUUACUGGUUAUUGGGAUAAUGACAGAAUGGUGUUUAGGUUUGGAGAGAUAGAGAUGACUCCCACCUUAGAAGAAAUUAGAGAUGUCUUGGAAAGCGCGGGAAGCGCAAACAGAUCCAAAAAGAAGUUAGCUCAAAAUAUCCUCAUCCCUCACAAACCUACCCCAAAAGAAAUCAAAGACAUGUUUGCUGUCAACAAAGCUGACUGGGCACAGGGGCCCACAAUAGCCUUUAGGGAGCUGUAUGGGAGGUAUUCGUCCAAACAGGGGUAUGAAAACCACAUCCUUGAGUUUCCUUCAUUCCAAUCUUGGGAAGCCAACCAAACACUAGCCUUCAUUACUUGCCUGCUAGGAACCAUGGUAUUUCCACUAAAUUCUUCCCUAGCCAUAGACACCAGGGUUGUCUUUGUUGCCCAUUCUGUCCUUAGAGGCGUUACAACAGACGGGCAUACCAAGUACUUUGAUAUCAUCCCUAUCAUCUUGUCAGACAUAUACCGAGCUUUAGGGAAGUGUCUCAACCGCUAUUAUUACUUCCAGGGUUGCAAUCUCCUGGUUCAAUGGUGGAUACUUAAGCAUUUAGAUAAGAAUGGUUCAACCUCCCGCCGAGAUCCGGCCCGGAGGGAAGAUGAUCUGAGCAUCGCUACCGUACCUUGUGGGGUUCAAGACAAAGUGGGAUGGGCUCACAUCUUUUCCAGAAUAAGAGAAGAACACAUUAGGUGGAGAGUGCCUGACUUCCAUUCCAAGUCUGUUUGUGUCAAGAGCCGUAGACGUCCAUAUUUACCACUUAUGGGCAUUAGGGGGAUCAGACCCUACGCACCUUUGAGGGUACUUAGACAGUUCGGUAUGAGACAGGUCAUCCCAAAUGUAGGAGAUAUGGGAGAGUUUGUGCGAGACUACGAAGAAGGUCAUAUCGAGGGUAUACAAGAUGCUAGGAAAGAUUGGAAGAAUGUGAUAAAAGAAGACAAGUUGGACGAGGAUCCAAAUAAUCCAGGUCAUGACGAAGAUUACUAUGAGUGGCUUGGGGCUGAGUUAGCAGGUACUGCCACUCCAGGUCCAUACCUUUACAAAUUUCCCAUGGAUAGGGAAGCCACGAAGGCAAUUCAGGUUAGAAGAAUGAAACGACAAGCAGAAGAAAGGGCAGCGAAUCAUCAAGCAAAAACAGAAUAUGAUCAAAAUGUAAUUAAGAGUUUGACAGACGAGGCGGAUGCCUCAUUGACGAGUUUAGAAUGGCUUGACACUUUUGUUAGGGGAGCCAUAGAUACAGGGACGUCAUUGACUGAUGUUCAGAGGGGUCAGUGGAUCGGGACAGCAUUGAUGCCAGCCCACGUAGCCAUUCAGACCGCCCUUCGAAGGGCUAAGAAGGCACGGACUGAGAGGGAGCAGAUUUCGAUCCGAGGAGUGGACUUCUUUUGAUAUUAUUGCAUUCAUUUACUUUAAAGCCUUGUAAUCCCACUUGGGAAAGAUAUUAUUAAUGAAAAGCAUUGGGAUUUUUAUUUUUGGGAAACAAUAAAUUUGUUUUACAUAUGGCACAAUUUUACUUCAUGCGUUAGUAGCCUUGGAGUAACGAGGUAUAGGAAAAUGAAUUAUAUAUUGUCUAAAUGCUUAUUUGAUAUAACUGUUUUGUGUGAAAAUCAUAUAUAUUAUUAAAACUCUUGAUUGGUCCACAUUCCGGACACUACCUAAAAGAAAAACCAAGAAGACAACCCACAAAACUAAUUUAGCUCCACUCUCAAAAGGUUGAUUUGCUAAUAGGAAAUGGAGACUCCGGACAGCAUGAGUGCAACUUCUCCUUACAUCAAUCUAGUCAGUGACGAUGAGGACAUGGAAGCAACAAGUAGGAAAAACCGACAGUGGGACGAUAGCCUAGCCCUAGCUACUGCUAGAAUGAAAGAAGCUGUCCAGACCACUAGGGCAGCCAAUGAGAAGAUGAAAGAAGCUGAAACUCUCCUAGCUUAUGUUGAGGAACUAACUAAGCAACACCCUGCCAAUCGGGUAAAACGGGGAAAAGUGCCGGAAGCACCACUUGGGAGUUAUGUCCCACUCAGUCAACAAAAAGGGCUUGACCCCAUACCCUAUGGAGACGACGAUUUGCUUAUCCCCAAUUUGAAGCAGGAAGUUUAUGGAGACCCGCGCGAAUCUCAGCUCGAGGAACCUCCGAUUUCAUGCACAAUUGUUCUCAAAGGCACAAGAUCGCACAAUUGGGGUGCGCCAGUAGAAAUGUCCAAACGAGAACUCUUAGAGACUUUGGGGAGUUUUGGAGUGUACGCGCAAAGCCCAAAUCUGUUGCCACCGUGUGCUCCUUCCAUGAUCCACAAGAAAUGCCUCUACCACCGAAGUCAACAAUGAAAAGUUGCCUAGCAUUGGUUGGGUAGAAAAAUCUAAGUAUCCCUUUACUGCUUUCAAUUAAGAGGAAUAUCCCUUUCCCUUUUAUGUAAACGGAACCACGCCGACCUGAUGUCCCGUUGGGGAUACGUGGGAAGCCUACAUAAGGCCUGGUCAGGGUAGAAAACUAAGUUUCGGGUAGCAUAGGAAAAAAAACCUUUUCUGUGUAUUCCUGAACUACGGACGGACCUGAUUUCCCUUUGGUGGGAUACGUAGGCAGUCUAUUUAAGACUCGGUCCUUUUAUCAUAAAAAUUAAAAUCCCCCUUAAUACAGGAUGGGUAGAAGCAAAUCAACCAUGAAGACCACUUACCAAAAAAUCAAUGUCCCUAAAAACACAAAACGACCAAAAUACCCUCGGAAUGUAAAUCAAUCAAGAGUUGAAAUAAGAUAUAUGAAUCUAUGUGCUAUAAACUGCAAACAAUGUGAUAUUUUGUAUUUUGUGCCUAAACUAACACUAACUUGGGAGCCUUUGAGUUAUUUUCUCUUAUAGACAGGGGUCGAUUCGCUGGCACCAGUUACUCGAUCAAAAGCUGUUGUAGCGUCCUUAAACCCUCCACAAGAAGAAAACAUGCCUGAGACUCCGCCACCAAACAACAACCAGAACAGAACUGCCUUAGUCGAGGGUACCCCAACAGCUGACAUAGCUGGAAUGCCUUUGGAAGAGGCCGUUAACCUGCUAAUAAGGCAAUUAGCUGAAGCUAGAGAAGAAGCAGCCCGCCUGAGGGCUGAAAAAGAAAAUGCUACUAAUACUGAGGCUAGAAGGCCUGCACCCACUUUCCCAAAUUUAGACUUACCAAUCCCUGACCAUUUCCCACAAACUCAGACUGAAACUACUUUUCAAACUCCACUGCGCCAAAGCACCACCCAUGUGGGGAAUUCCUCCCACCAAACACCAGCUUUCCAAAUACCUGCUCAUGCUACAGCAUCUCAUAACCCAAACGCUUAUCAAACUCCUCGGGCAACGGGAACUCCUACAACCCGCCCCGUGCAACCAAAUGUUACUUUUCAAGACCAUAUCACCCAUAUUGACUCCUCACUAGAACUGGAGAACAUGGAAAUGUUCUUUGAGGCUAGAAUAGACAAAAUCGAGAAGGAGAUGGGGAAGAAAAUCGUUGAACUAGAGCAGGGCUCUAAGAAGAAAGAGGGGCUGAGAUACUCUGAUUUGUGCAUACAUCCAGACUUGGGUUUACCAAAGGUUUCAAAAUUCCCAAAUUUGACCAUUUCAAUGGGUCGGGCAAUCCCAGGGCCCACUUGAGAGCUUAUUGCGACCAGUUGGUUGGGAGUGGCGGAAACGAAGCUUUGCUCAUGAGAUUAUUCAGUCGAAGUCUGUCAGGAACAACUAUGGAGUGGUUCAUCUCACAAGACAUCAGUCGAUGGAAGACAUGGGAGGAGAUGGCAAGUUCAUUCAUGGAGAGAUUCCGCUUCAAUGUGGAAAAUGUGCCUGAUCGCUUCUCAUUGGAGAAAAUCCGUCAGAAAUCGAUCGAAACCUAUAGAGAAUAUGCCAGUCGUUGGAGAGACGAGGCGGUGCGUGUGCUACCACCUAUGACUGAAGCUGAGCUGGUAGCUACAUUUAUACGGUACCAAGAAGCUGAUUGUUUUGACAAAAUGAUAACUAUGAAAGGGAGCUCCUUUGCAGAUUUAGUCGCCGUUGGGGAAGACAUCGAAGAUGGCCUCAAGACCGGCAGGAUUGUCAGUGUACUAAAUAGAGCAGGUGCGUCUGGCACCACGAGCGGCAAAAAGAAGAAAGAAGAUGUAGCUUAUGUUUCUAGAGCUACUAGCCCAAAAAGCCGAGGAAAAGAGAUAACCCACAAAAAUCAAGACAACUACCAAUCGCCUCCACCAACUAGCUAUAUAACCACUUCACCCCAAUAUAGCCCGAUGUCUGUGUGCUACGCACAACCUGGCUACCAAGCUCCACAACCAAAUUACCAAAUACCAGCACCUAGCAACCAAGCUCCACGACCAAAUUAUCAAAUGCCAGCACCCAAUAACCAAGCUCCACAAAACCAGACUUUCCAAAACCAAAGAUUUCUCCACCAAAGAACUAUGAGGCACCCCAAAAGAAACCUCCGAGAGUAUUCACUCCUUUACCAGAAUCAAGGGCUAGUUUGUUUGCCAAACUAAGAGACGUCGGUCGAAUGAAUGUUGUUCCACCAAAACCUGCUAACCCCAAGGAUCGAUGGUACAUGCCAGAUUUCAUCUGCGCCUAUCAUUCUAACCAAGUUGGCCAUACUACCGAAUAUUGCAUAAACUUAAGGCACAAGCUACAAGAUAUGAUUGACAAUCAUGAGCUUAUCCUGGAGCCAACACCUCUAAAUAUGGACACAAAUCCUCUCCCGAAGCAUGGAGGGAAUCAAAUUCACAUGAUAGAAAGAGGUGAUGAAUGGGAAGAGAGCCCUGCGAUCAUUUGUCCAGAUAUUGAAGGAUUGGAAAGCACCGUCGCCUCGUUGUCCUUACAAGAGCAAAAAGAAGUGUUAGGCCCCAUGACAAGGAAAUCUGAGAUGUCCCAGUCAUCUGUUGUAGCCAAGAAAGAGCCCUUCAUGCUCAAAUAUCCCUCAACAGUCGCUCGAAUUCAGAACGAGCCGUUCGUACUCAAAACAUCAGGGCCAGUUGAGAAUGCACCUUUUGUGAUCAAAUCACCGCACCUGAUGAUGGUCAAAAGAAAAGAGGUAGCCGCUGUGGUUCAGGGUAUGACCAGGUCUGGAAGGUGUUACACUCCAGAAGAGCCCGUACUCGAAGCACCACGUCGCGAAAAUCCUCAGAAAAGACCAAUCACUGAAGGUGAAGCUGAAAACUUUUGGAGGCAAAUGCCAGUCAAGGAUUAUUCGAUUGUUGAGCACUUGCAUAAGACUCCUGCCAGGAUAUCAGUAAUGUCAUUAUUACUCAGUUCGUCUCAACAUCGCUUAGCCUUAAUGAAAGCUUUGGAUGAAGUCCAAGUACCCGCCGGCACUAUAAGUGAAACAUUGGCCGAGAUUGUAGGGUAUGUUGUACGAGCGCAUAGGCUAUCAUUUUCUGAUGACGAAUUACCAAGAGAGGGUAAGACCCACAACAAGGCCUUACACAUAACAGUCAAAUGCCGCGAUAAGAUUAUCCCUCAAGUGCUGAUUGAUGGAGGGGCUGGGUUGAAUGUAUGCCCUGUGACGACUUUGAAACAGCUUGGAUAUGAUGUUGGCAAAAUCCGCCAGAGUCGAACAAAUGUAAAAGCUUAUGAUGGCGCAACCAGUGAUCCAAUUGGAGAAAUAGAUCUACACAUACAAAUGGGUCCCGCAGAGUUCGUUGUGGAGUUCAUUAUCAUGGAUAUCAAAACAAGUUAUAACUUAUUGUUGGGACGACCUUGGUUGCACGCCGCUGGGGUUGUGGCGUCUUCAUUGCAUCAAUCUCUCAAAUUCAUCUGGGAUGAUCAAGAAGUCGUGAUUCACGGUAAAGGAAGUAUCCAUAACUAUCCGGACAAUUCAGUACCGGUCAUAGAAAAAUCGCCAAGCGAUACUGAUUUUCACACCAUUGAAUUAGCCAUGUUAGAUCGCAGGGGGGAUGAUGAGGAUAUCCCUAUGCCACCGGUCUACAAAAUGGUUGCCACGACUAUGAUAAGAAAUGGGUUCGAGCCCGGGAAAGGUCUGGGAAGGAACUUACAGGGAAUUAGAAAACCAGUAACUAUCAAAAAUGGGAAAUAUCGAUUUGGGGUUGGAUACAAGCCGUGUGAGGCAGAAGAAGAAGAAGCAGAACAUGGACCAAGAGGUCCUGUUAAAAUGAGAAAGCCAUUUCCUCAUCUAUAUCAGUCCUUCACCGCAUGCCCAUUGAGUCACAGCGGCGAGGAUCCAGAAGAGGGUUUAAGGACGUUGUUUUGGGAAGAGGAAUGCGCAGCCAUCAUUGAAGAAUGCUUUGAAGCACUGGAGAUUCAUCAUGCUAAGCCAGGAGAAAUGUCAAGUGGAUGGACUUCUACCCCGUUGUUCACCUUGCGGUAGAAAGAAUGCUCACUUUCAGAAAAAUGGCGAAAGUCGGCUUUGAGGCCCGGCUUACCGCCUUUUCAUGCUUUUACACUUCCUUAUUACGUGUUGUUUAAUAAUGGAAAUGGCUCGAUGUUCCAUUCCGAGUCAGGACCACAGUUUGUAUCGCUCUUUUUAAAUUUCAAUGAAAACGCCUCAAAGUUUGCAAUAAGACAAAAUUGUUUUACUUUACCUAUAUAUAUAUAUAUAUAUAUAUAUAUAUAUAUACAUAAUUGAGAUUGCUUUUAUAUGAUUGAUAAUUGUGUUACUUUGCUUUACAGUAAUAACACAGAAGCCACAAAUAAUGUCAUGACAUGUUACGAAACAAUUAAGAACGAUGACGAACAAAGCAAAGAUCAAGAAGAAGAGAUAACUGAACCAGAAGGGUUGAUAGACGUCGAAGAGGAAUAUGAAAAUAGACCAACACCAAACCUAGAGGAAACGGAGGCAGUUAAUCUAGGAAACGAGGAAAUGGUUCGAGAAACCAGGAUAAGUGUACAUUUGAUAGAACUUGAGAAAGAAAGGUAUCGAAGUCUGCUGAAAGAAUAUGAAGAUGUUUUUGCUGGGUCAUACACCUAUAUGUUAGGUUUGAGUAUAGACAUUAUCGCUCAUAGGUUGCCAAUUCUAGAGGGAUUCGCCUCGGUAAAGCAGAAAAUCAGACAGCCUAAGCCCGAUGUAAGCAUCAGAAUCAAA